AAUCCAUCCUUCAAACAUAAAGCUUAAUAAGGAGGAGAAGAAGAAGAAGAAUGGUUUUGAAAGUCAACCCUUGACUUACUGUAAAUAAAACUAAGUCAACCCAUUUUCAUCCCCUUAAUUAUUUUCCCAGUUUGCACGUUUUGCCUGGAAAAGGUUGUUUUUUUUUUCCUUGUAAAAUCUGGGUAUGUUUUGUUUCUUCUUCUCUCUUGGAAACCAGUAGGUCUGAAGCAGCUUGGAUUAUUGUAUGGCAACUGCUACAGCUCCUAAAGUUCGAUUGGUUAGAUGCCCUAAGUGCCUUUUGGUUCUUCCUGAAGUUGCAGAUUUUCCUGUGUACAAAUGUGGAGGCUGUGAUACAAUUCUUGUAGCUAAAAGUAAAAAGGCCAUUGCCAAAACCACCUCUGUCUUGCAAGAAACAGAAGCUGCUGCGAAUAGGUCUUUUCGUGUGUCCGAACAUGGAGAAUCUAGCAGCUCGGCUCUGCAGGAUGUUCUUCCUUCCCCUUCAAGUCAAGAAAGUGGAGGGAAUCAGGGUAUUAGCCGGCUCUCGUGAUGAGGGGCACGGUGAGGACUUAUCGGUAGAAGGGCAACAUAAGGGGCAGUACCAGAAGGACCGGAAUACGUCGAAUUACGGUAAUUGUGAUGGUGAAAGCGGUCGUUAUCGCGAUUGCGGUAUGCUGAUGAAAGUAGAUUGAAUGAAGGGAAGCAUAAUACAUCCGGAGAGAGUGAUGGCGAUGAUGAAAGUGGUCGUGGCAUGCUUGAUGAAAGUAGGUUGAAUGAAGGGCAGCAGAAUGGAACUGGAUUGUUGCGGACGGAAUCUUUUGAUAGAUA